UGAGAUUUAGGAAUUUCUACUGCCAAAGGGAUUUUAAUUUUAGUUCAGUCCAACUGUCCACCAGUCUGCAGUGCAGGAAAAAGGGACGGGCUGUUUGCAUGUGGCAAGAUCUGCCCAGCUCCGGGAAGAUGGAGUUUGCGGAGGCUCACCGAGGCCAUUUUUCCAUCGUCAGCUGGGGAACUUUUUCCGCCCAUGGAAGUGCAGCAGAAAGGCAUCGAGGCCACUAGGCCUUGAGAAUUGGCUGCCAUUUUGAAGAUAAGAGUCAAAUGGCCUAUAAACUCCGAUUAAUUGCUGUUUUUGGAUUCCAGGUUGAUGCUGGCCCAGGAUGGAUCAGACCUGUGAAGUAUCUAGAAGAAAUUGUCUGCUGCCCUUUUCCAAUCCAGUGAAUUUAGAUGCCCCUGAAGACAAGGACAGCCCUUUCGGUAAUGGUCAAUCCAAUUUUUCUGAGCCACUUAAUGGGUGUACUAUGCAGUUAUCGACUGCCAGUGGAACAUCCCAAAAUGCUUAUGGACAAGAUUCUCCAUCUUGUUACAUUCCACUGCGGAGACUACAGGAUUUGGCCUCCAUGAUCAAUGUAGAGUAUUUAAAUGGGUCUGCUGAUGGAUCAGAAUCCUUUCAAGACCCUGAAAAAAGUGAUUCAAGAGCUCAGUCGCCAGUUGUUUGCACUUCUUUGAGUCCUGGUGGUCCAACAGCACUUGCUAUGAAACAGGAACCCUCUUGUAAUAACUCCCCUGAACUCCAGGUAAAAGUAACAAAGACUAUCAAGAAUGGCUUUCUGCACUUUGAGAAUUUUACUUGUGUGGACGAUGCAGAUGUAGAUUCUGAAAUGGACCCAGAACAGCCAGUCACAGAGGAUGAGAGUAUAGAGGAGAUCUUUGAGGAAACUCAGACCAAUGCCACCUGCAAUUAUGAGCCUAAAUCAGAGAAUGGUGUAGACGUGGCCAUGGGAAAUGAACAAGACAGCACACCAGAGAGUAGACACGGUGCAGUCAAAUCGCCAUUCUUGCCAUUAGCUCCUCAAACUGAAACACAGAAAAAUAAGCAAAGAAAUGAAGUGGACGGCAGCAAUGAAAAAGCAGCCCUUCUCCCAGCCCCCUUUUCACUAGGAGAUACAAACGUUACCAUAGAAGAGCAAUUAAACUCAAUAAAUUUAUCUUUUCAGGAUGAUCCAGACUCCAGUACCAGUACAUUAGGAAACAUGCUAGAAUUACCUGGAACUUCAUCAUCAUCUACUUCACAGGAAUUGCCAUUUUGUCAACCCAAGAAAAAGUCUACGCCACUGAAAUAUGAAGUUGGAGAUCUCAUCUGGGCAAAAUUCAAGAGACGCCCAUGGUGGCCCUGCAGGAUUUGUUCUGAUCCGUUGAUUAACACACAUUCAAAAAUGAAAGUUUCAAACCGGAGGCCCUAUCGACAGUACUACGUGGAGGCUUUUGGGGACCCUUCAGAGAGAGCCUGGGUGGCUGGAAAAGCAAUCGUCAUGUUCGAAGGCAGACAUCAAUUUGAAGAGCUGCCUGUUCUUAGGAGAAGAGGGAAGCAAAAAGAAAAAGGAUAUAGGCACAAGGUUCCUCAGAAAAUUUUGAGUAAAUGGGAAGCCAGUGUUGGUCUUGCUGAACAGUAUGAUGUUCCCAAAGGGUCGAAGAACCGAAGAUGUGUCACCAGUUCAAUCAAGUUGGACAGUGAGGAGGAUAUGCCAUUUGAGGACUGUACAAAUGAUCCUGAAUCAGAACAUGACCUGUUACUUAAUGGCUGCUUGAAAUCUCUGGCUUUUGACUCUGAACAUUCUGCAGAUGAGAAGGAAAAGCCUUGUGCUAAGUCUCGAGCCAGAAAGAGUUCUGAUAAUCCAAAAAGGACUAGUAUGAAAAAGGGCCACAUGCAAUUUGAAGCACAUAAGGAAGAACGAAGGGGAAAGAUUCCAGAGAACCUUGGCCUAAACUUUAUUUCUGGGGAUGUAUCUGAUAAGCAGGCCUCUAAUGAACUUUCCAGGAUAGCAAACAGCCUCACGGGGUCCAACACUGCCCCAGGAAGUUUCCUGUUUUCUUCUUGUGCGAAAAACACAGCAAAGAAAGAAUUUGAGACUUCAAAUUGUGACUCUUUACUGGGCUUGUCUGAGGGUGCCUUGAUCUCUAAACGUUCUGGGGAGAAGAAGAAACUCCAACGAGGUUUGGUGUGUAGUUCAAAAGUGCAGCUCUGUUACAUUGGAACAGGUGAUGAAGAAAAGCGAAGUGAUUCCAUUAGUAUCUGUACCACUUCUGAUGAUGGAAGCAGUGAUCUGGAUCCCAUAGAUCACAGUUCAGAGUCUGAUAACAGUGUCCUUGAAAUUACAGAUGCUUUUGAUAGAACAGAGAAUAUGUUAUCUGUGCAGAAAAAUGAAAAGGUAAAGUAUACUAGGUAUCCUGCCACAAACACUAAGGUAAAAGCAAAGCAGAAGUCCCUCAUUACUAACUCACAUACAGACCACCUAAUGGAUUGUACUAAGACAGCAGAGCCUGGAACUGAGACAUCUCAGGUUAAUCUCUCUGAUCUUAAAGUAUCUACUGUUGUCCGCAAACCCCAAUCGGAUUUUAGAAAUGAUGGUUUCUCUCCAAAAUUCAACACACCAUCAAGCAUUUCCAGUGAGAACUCACUAAUAAAAGGCGGGGCUACAAAUCAAGCUCUAUUACAUUCAAAAAGCAAACAGCCCAAGAUCCGAAGUAUAAAGUGCAAACAUAAAGAAAAUCCAGUUGUAGUGGAACCUCCAGUUAUAAAUGAGGACUGCAGUUUGAAAUGCUGUUCUUCUGAUACCAAAGGCUCUCCUUUGGCCAGCAUUUCCAAAAGUGGGAAAGUGGAUGGGCUAAAACUACUGAGCAACAUGCAUGAGAAAACCAGGGAUUCAAAUGACAUAGAAACAGCAGUGGUGAAACAUGUUCUGUCAGAGUUGAAGGAACUCUCUUAUAGAUCCUUAAGUGAAGAUAUGAGUGACUCUGGAACAUCAAAGCCAUCAAAACCAUUACUUUUUUCUCCUGCCUCUGGUCAGAAUCAUAUACCUAUUGAACCAGACUACAAAUUCAGUACAUUGUUAAUGAUGUUAAAAGAUAUGCAUGAUAGUAAGACCAAGGAGCAACGGUUAAUGACUGCUCAGAACUUGGUCUCUUAUCGGAGUCCUGGUCUUGGGGACUGUUCUACAAGUAGUCCUGUAGGUGCAUCUAAGGUCUUGGUUUCAGGAAGCUCCACUCACAGUUCAGAAAAAAAUGGAGAUGGCACUCAGAACCCAGUCCGUCCUAGCUCUAGUGGGGGUGACUCUGCAGUGUCUGGAGAGUUGUCUGUAUCUGUACCUGGCCUAGUGUCUGACAGAAGAGACAUCCCUGCUUCUGGUAAAAGUCGUUCAAACUGUGUUACUAGGCGCAACUGUGGGCGAUCAAAACCAUCAUCUAAAUUGCGAGAUAGUUUUUCAGCCCAGUUGGGAAAGAACACAUUGAACCGUAAAGCCUUAAAGACAGAGCGCAAAAGAAAACUCAACCGACUUCCAGCUGUAACUCUUGAGGCCGCACUGCAGGGAGACAGAGCCAGUGGAGGUUCAGAGAAUGGUUCCUCAAGAGGUGGGCUAGAAGACCCUGGUAAAGAGGAAGCCCUUCAGUUAAUAGGCCAUUUAACAAGUGAAGACAGUGCCCAUUUUUCCAGUAUUCAUUUUGAUAACAAAGUCAACCAGUCUGACUCUGAUAAAAUUCCUGAGAAAGUCCCCUCUUUUGAAAACAGAAAAGGCCCAGAGGUGGAUACUGAAAUGAACAGUGAGAAUGAUGAACCCAGUGGUGUAAAUCAAGCGGUGCCUAAAAAGCGGUGGCAGCGUUUAAACCAAAGGCGCACUAAACCUCGGAAGCGCACUAACAGAUUUAGGGAGAAAGAAAACUCUGAGGGUGCCUUUGGGGUUUUGCUUCCAGCUGACCCCAUAAAGAAGGGGGAUGAGUUCCCAGAGCAUAGACCCCCUACUUCAACAAACAUACUAGAGGAUACACUGGCAGAUCCCAAUCAUUCCAGCCGCUUAGAUUCAGUUGGACCACGGUUGAAUGUUUGUGAUAAAUCCAGUGCCAGCAUUGAAGAGAUGGAAAAAGAGCCGGGAAUUCCCAGUUUGACACCCCAGCCUGAGCUCCCUGAACCAGCUGUGCGGUCAGAGAAGAAACGCCUUAGGAAGCCAAGCAAGUGGCUUCUGGAAUAUACAGAAGAAUAUGAUCAGAUAUUUGCUCCUAAGAAAAAACAAAAGAAGGUGCAGGAACAGGUGCACAAGGUAAGUUCCCGCUGUGAAGAGGAAAGCCUUUUAGCCCGAUGUCGAUCUAGUGCUCAGAACAAGCAGGUGGAUGAGAAUUCUUUGAUUUCAACCAAAGAAGAGCCUCCAGUUCUUGAAAGGGAGGCUCCAUUUUUGGAAGGGCCCUUGGCUCAGUCAGAACUUGGAGGUGGACAUGCUGAGUUGCCACAGCUGACCUUGUCUGUGCCUGUGGCUCCGGAAGUCUCUCCACGGCCUGCCCUUGAGUCUGAGGAAUUGCUAGUUAAAACACCAGGAAAUUAUGAAAGUAAACGUCAGAGAAAACCAACUAAGAAACUUCUUGAAUCCAAUGAUUUAGACCCUGGAUUUAUGCCCAAGAAGGGGGACCUUGGCCUUUCUAAAAAGUGUUAUGAAGCUGGUCACUUGGAGAAUGACAUUAAUGAAUCACGUGCUGCAUCUCAUUCUAAAGAGUAUGGUGGAGGCACUACCAAGAUAUUUGAUAAACCAAGGAAGCGAAAACGACAGAGGCAUGCUACAGCCAAGGUGCACUGUAAAAAAAUGAAAAAUGACGACUCAUCAAAAGAAACUCCAACCUCAGAGGGAGAACUGAUGACACACAGAACGGCUGCAAGCCCUAAGGAGACUGUUGAGGAGGGUGUAGAGAAUGAUCAUGGGAUGCCGGCAUCUAAAAAGCUGCAGGGCGAACGAGGCGGAGGAGCUGCACUCAAGGAGAAUGUUUGUCAGAACUGUGAGAAACUGGGUGAGCUGCUGUUAUGUGAGGCUCAGUGCUGUGGGGCUUUCCACCUGGAGUGCCUUGGAUUAACUGAGAUGCCAAGAGGAAAAUUUAUCUGCAAUGAAUGUCGCACAGGAAUCCAUACCUGUUUUGUUUGUAAGCAGAGUGGAGAAGAUGUUAAAAGGUGCCUUUUGCCCUUGUGUGGAAAGUUUUACCAUGAAGAAUGUGUCCAGAAGUAUCCACCCACUGUCAUGCAGAACAAGGGCUUCCGGUGCUCCCUCCACAUCUGUAUAACCUGCCAUGCUGCUAAUCCAGCCAGUGUUUCUGCAUCUAAAGGUCGCCUGAUGCGCUGUGUCCGCUGCCCUGUGGCAUACCAUGCCAAUGACUUUUGCCUGGCUGCUGGGUCCAAGAUUCUUGCAUCUAAUAGUAUCAUCUGCCCUAAUCACUUUACACCUAGGCGGGGCUGCCGAAAUCAUGAGCACGUUAAUGUUAGCUGGUGUUUUGUAUGCUCAGAAGUGUCUUGCAGUAUUCUAAAGGUUUCCUUCCUUGUUUUCACCUUUCCCAGGUGGUGGCCAGCUGAGAUCUGCCAUCCUCGAGCGGUACCUUCCAAUAUCGAUAAGAUGAGACAUGAUGUGGGCGAGUUUCCUGUACUCUUCUUUGGGUCUAAUGACUAUCUGUGGACACAUCAGGCCCGAGUCUUUCCCUAUAUGGAGGGGGAUGUGAGCAGCAAGGAUAAGAUGGGCAAAGGCGUGGAUGGGACAUAUAAAAAAGCUCUUCAGGAAGCUGCAGCAAGGUUUGAGGAGUUAAAGGCCCAAAAAGAGCUAAGACAGCUGCAGGAAGACCGAAAGAAUGACAAGAAGCCGCCGCCUUACAAACAUAUAAAGGUGAGAAAAAAACGCAGGAGACUGUCUCCAGGAGACACCCUCUUAUGGAGUACUGUCUCCUGCUGUGUUCAUGAAGAGGGUGAAUUUGUGAAUGAGUAUGUGGGUGAGUUAAUAGAUGAAGAAGAGUGCAGAGCUCGAAUCCGUUAUGCCCAAGAACAUGAUAUCACUAAUUUCUAUAUGCUUACUCUAGACAAAGACCGGAUCAUUGAUGCUGGUCCUAAAGGAAACUAUGCUCGGUUCAUGAAUCAUUGCUGCCAGCCCAACUGUGAAACACAGAAAUGGUCUGUGAAUGGAGAUACUCGUGUUGGCCUUUUUGCCCUGAGUGACAUUAAAGCAGGCACUGAACUUACCUUCAACUACAACCUAGAAUGUCUUGGGAAUGGAAAGACUGUUUGCAAAUGUGGAGCCCCAAACUGCAGUGGCUUUUUGGGUGUAAGGCCAAAGAAUCAACCCAUUGCCACAGAAGAAAAGUCAAAGAAAUUCAAGAAGAAGCAACAGGGGAAGCGCAGGACCCAGGGUGAAAUCACAAAGGAGAGAGAGGAUGAAUGUUUCAGCUGUGGGGAUGCUGGCCAGCUCGUCUCCUGUAAGAAGCCAGGCUGCCCAAAAGUUUACCACGCUGACUGUCUAAAUCUAACCAAGCGACCAGCAGGGAAAUGGGAGUGUCCUUGGCAUCAGUGUGACAUCUGUGGGAAGGAAGCAGCCUCCUUCUGUGAGAUGUGUCCCAGCUCCUUUUGUAAGCAGCAUCGGGAAGGGAUGCUCUUCAUCUCCAAAUUGGAUGGGCGUUUGUCUUGUACUGAGCAUGACCCCUGUGGGCCCAACCCUCUGGAACCUGGGGAGAUCCGUGAGUAUGUGCCUCCCCCAGUACCGCUGCCUCCAGGCCCUGGCACUCACCUGGCAGAGCAUUCAUCAGGAGUGGCUGCUCAGGGGCCCAAACUGUUGGAUAAGCUGCCUGCUGACACCAACCAGACACUGUCACUGUCCAAAAAAGCUCUGGCAGGGACUUGUCAGAGGCCACCGCUUCCUGAAAGACCUUCUGACAGAACUGACUCCAGGCCCCAGCCUGUAGAUAGGGUCAGGGACCUUGCUGGGUCGGGGACCAAACCCCAGUCCUUGGUAUCCAGCCAGAAGCCAUUGGACAGGCCACCUGCAGUGGCAGGACCAAGACCCCAACUAUCUGACAAACCCUCUUCAGUGACUGGCGUAAGCUCCUCAUCCUCAGUCAGGUCCCAACCACUGGAAAGACCUCUGGGGACAGCUGACCCAAGGCUGGAUAAAUCCAUAGGUGCUGCCAGCCCAAGGCCCCAGUCACUGGAGAAAACCCCAGUCCCUACUGGCCUGAGACUUCCACCGCCAGACAGACUGCUAGUCACCAGCGGUCCCAAGCCCCAGACUUCAGACAGGCCCCCAGACAAAUCCCAUGCUUCUUUGUCCCAGAGACUCCCACCUCCUGACAAAGUACUAUCAGCUGUGGUCCAGACCCUGGUAGCUAAAGAAAAAGCACUGAGGCCCGUGGACCAGAAUACUCAGUCAAAAAAUAGAGCUGCUUUGGUGAUGGAUCUCAUAGACCUAACUCCUCACCAGAAAGAACGGGCUGCUUCACCUCAUGAGGUCACACCACAGGUUGAUGAGAAGAUGCCAGUGUUGGAGUCAAGCUCGUGGACUGCCAGCAAAGGUCUGGGGCAGAUGCCGCGAGCUGUAGAGAGAGGCAGCGUGUCAGAUCCUGUCCUUCAGCCACCGGGGAAAGCAGCAGUCCCUUCGGAGCACUCCUGGCAAGCAGUUAAAUCACUCACCCAGGCGAGACUUCUCUCUCAGCCCCCUGCCAAGGCUUUUUUAUAUGAGCCAACAACUCAGGCCUCAGGAAGAGCACCUGCAGGGCUGGAGCAGACACCAGGGCUUCCCAGCCAAGCACCAGGCCUGGUGAAGCAGGUGAAGCAGAUGGCCGGAGGCCAGCAACUACCUGGACUUGCUGCCAAGAGUGGGCAGUCCUUCAGGCCUCUUGGGAAGGCCCCAUCCUCCCUCUGUACUGAAGAGAAGAAGUUGGCAACUGCAGAGCAGAGUCCCUGGGCCCUGGGAAAGGCCGCACCAGGGCCAGGGCUCUGGCCCAUGGUGGCUGGACAGACAAUACCACCAUCUUGCUGGUCCUCUGGGAACACACAGACAUUGGCACAGACUUGCUGGUCUCUUGGAAGAGGGCAAGACCCUAAACCAGAGCAAAAUACACUUCCAGCUCUUAACCAGGCUCCUUCCAGUCACAAAUGUGCAGAGUCAGAACAGAAGUAAUAUGAGUAAAUGUCACAUGACCAGACCAGCUGCCCCCAGGGUUCUUGGGGAAGGGAAAUCAUCUUUCUUUUCCCCUCUUAAAAAACAGACCCCACCACUUUUCCACUGUUACUCUUUCCUUAUAUCCCAACACUCAGAACUCUUGUGACAUUAGCCAGUGGGGACAUGUGGUUGUGUAAACCAUGUAUGGAAAUCCAAGUGGGCCCCAGCCAAGGAGACAGACAGACUUGGGUCUUUUUCCUCCAACCUUUACACAUGGUAACUUGAAAUAAAAAGUCCACUCUGGAGUCAAGCAUGGGAUUCAAUUCCACUGGUCAGGUUGGAAGGUAGAGGGGCUCUCGAAGUUAUUUCUCUAGCCCUACAGAGCCCCACUGAGGGCACCUGAUGAACACUUGGGAAGAACUGAUACCAGUAGUGAUUUUCUUGAGCAUUCACAUGUGCUAGGCCAGGUGCUAGUCACUGACAGGAGAUACAGAGAUAAGACCUGAUCCCUGUGAGCCUAACAUGCCUGCCUGGGUUCUCAGGCUGUUUUCAUGAACCUUUGACCAGGAAAUAGCAGGAAGUUCUGAGGGGCCCUGGGGCUCCAGACUCAUUUUGUAAUGUCCUUUAUGGCCCCAGAAGUGGUUGUGUUGAGUAAGUGUCCCCUGGUUGGGUGUGCAUGUGUGCGUGUGAUGCACACACGCUCAUGUGGAGGUCUCCGGUGGAGGGGGUGGGGGGGGUUGCAUCAAGGCCAAGUGGAGCCGUUGGCUGGGCAGCUGCUGCUGCUUCUGUCUGGGCUGUGCAGAGUCUGAAAAUCUGUCCUUGGCAGAGCAGCUGGUUGUGGGGGCUGGGCUCUACAAGGACAUAGCUUUACCGAAGUAUAAGAAGGCAAUUGGCAAGCUUACCUUUCUUUCCUACCGAUUUUCGUCCUUUUACAUCAGCCCACCCCAUGCCCGCCCCCCAAACACUCAGGUGCUUUCAGAUUUCAGAGUCGGGCAGUGGACAUAGGGAAUCUCUGGCAAGCUCUGCGCUAGAUCUACCACCAGCUCAGGGAGAGUGCCAGAUUCUGAUGGAAAAUUCCUUCUCUUUUGAUCCUUUGCCCUCUUACCUGAAUGGAGGGAGUCCUCUCCUUCACUGGUGGAUUCUACCACCCUAUCCCUGAGAAUUGCUGUGUUCUGUACUGAGAGCACCUGCCUGCUGACUUUGUUCAAAGGCAGGCCAGAGCCCUUCCCCUGUGACUGGUAAGAUGUGGUGUUUAGAGCAAUGUCCAGUCUGAGAGAUGAUUCCUCAUAACUGCUGAUUAUCUGUUACUGCUGCCCUGAGCUGGGGCCCAAGGGCUGGGAAAUCUGUUGGUGCUACCCUGCCCUACCAUUCACCCAGCUCACCAACUGCCAACAGGAAGUGCUGUUUGGCCAGUUCCUUCCCAUUCACUCACCCCUCCUUUGUCCCUAGACCAAACGUGUUUACCUCUCUGCUUUGCCAACUUAGCCAGCAGCUUUAGCCAACAGGCCAUCUCCUGGCCCAGAUGUCUCCUGGCCAUUCUGUUUCAGUUAUGGCUUUUACACCCUCAACAAGAUUCUGUAUUUUGUCCCAAUUUCCUCCUCCUGAGUUCCUACUGAGGUUAUCCACAUCACUUCUAAGGAGGGAACAAUAGUUAUAGAAGCAUUUGCGCUUUAUAUAAAGAUUAAAAGAAGAAUUUGCUUUUAUUUCCCAAAGUCUGUCUCGGGUUGAGACACUUGAACUCAGGCAGAGGUACGAGGUUGGGCAGGGCUGUCCCGAGUCUAGGGGCCUAUGUCUGCAUCCCACUUAGACCUCGAAAUCUCUGUAAAUUCCACCUGCCUAGUUCUCCCCUUUUCAUCCUAUCUCUCUUCCCACAUCAUGAGAGAGGAAAAGUUCUUUGUUCAAAAGGAAGAAAAAACAAAGCAUCUUAUUUUCUUUUUUAAAAAAUUUUAAACCAUGGAAAAGAUAUUUUUAAAGAAAUCCACCCAGAACAUUAAAGUUCAUUAUAUUAAGUAUU